GUCAACGACGACACUUGCUGCACCCAAAGACACUCUGAGUGUCUUUGCUGCACCACAUAACUACGACAACUUAGUGGUAUCUCCGAACUAGUGAACAAGUGACAACAAUCUGGAGGACACCAACCACGUGCACUCAAGACACUCAUAGGCUAUCGAAGGACCAUUCUUUAUAGAGGUACGGUAAUCUUUACGUCACUACAUUGAUACAUAACCAUGUCGAAAAGAUGUUGCAAAGCGUGUGUCAUUGGUUUCGCUGUUCUUUUGUUUAUUGGUGCCGCUGUUCUCCCUCUUGCAAUGGAACGACUAGAACACAUACAGAUCUACGAGCUAAUGUCAUUGGAUCCCGAUUCAAGCUUCUAUCCGUUCUGGAGGGAUAUUCCCAUUCCAUUCUAUCAGCAGUAUUAUUUUUUCAACGUACUCAACAAGGAGGAGAUAUUGAAGGGAGAAAAACCAUGCGUCGAGCAAAUAGGGCCGUAUACAUACAGACAAUAUAUCAAUAGAAGUGAUAUUAGCUUAAAUGCCAAUGGAACAGUUUCCUACAGACUAAAACAAACCUAUGUAUUCCAGAGGAAAUUAUCUGUCGGGGACGAGGAUGAUAUGUUUACGACAUUAAAUAUUCCACUCAUGGUAUUGGCUGAUAUGGUGGAAAGCAAACCAUGGAUUGUACGUGAAAUAAUGGAAGAGAUGCUGAAAAUUGAAAAAGAAGAGUUAUUUGUCAGACUAUCAGUUAGACAACUAAUUUUGGGUUAUCCAGAACCAUUAUUUAAAAUAUUGCAGAAAAUCGUUGGCAAGAAGAUUAUUCCAAGCAAUCAUUUUGGAUUUCUCUUGGAUAGGAAUGGUACGGACACGGGUCUCUUCACCGUCAAUUCCGGCAAGAAUAAUAAAUGGAUGCUAAAUAAAAUCGACAGAUGGAAUGGAAUAUCUAAGUUGAACUACUGGAACUCUGAAAUGGCAAAUACAAUUAACGGAACCGACGGUUCAAUGUUUCACCCAUAUAUCUGUAAAAGAGAAGUACUGAAUGUAUUCAUACCAGAUAUGUGCAGAUCGAUACCCUACUUAUAUCAAGAAGAGACAUCGUAUAUGGAUGUCAAGUUGUGGCGCUUCUCUUUAGCCCAAUAUACUUAUGCAAAUGGGACGGAUUACGCACCAAACCAAGGAUUCUGUACCAGGGGAUGUCUGCCAUCGGGUCUGUUAGAUAUUGGUGCAUGUAGAGGAGGUGCACGUAUGAGCUUGUCGAAUCCGCAUUUCUUUGAAGGUGACCCCGAAUUAGCAGCCGCCAUUGUGGGACUCAGUCCAAACCAAGACAAUCACCAAAACUACAUGGAUAUUGAAAGAAUUAUGGGAUUGCCGUGGCGCGUUGAAGCAAGGGUACAACUCAAUGUGUUUGCUCGGCAGGUAAAAAUGAUAAAACAAACUGGAAAUAUUCGAACUGUGCAUUUUCCUGUCUUAUGGUUCGAACAGAAAAUACUGAUCACCGACGCUGUUGUAGAUAUUUACAAGAACAAACUUGUCAUAUCGACACUGAUAGCGUCGAUAAUACAGUACGUGUUUAUAGUAUUAGGUUGUAUAUUUAGUGUCUCAGUGAUUAUACUGGCUGUGAAGAAGUGGCGGUGUCGUAAAUCAGUUACGGUACAGAGCAAUAGUACAGUUUCCACGGAGAAGCAGCCGUUGCUAUGCAACGCACCAGUAAACUAAAGUAUCGUCAAUUUAUGUUGAUGUCGUGCGCGUACAGCUAUCUUUGUCUGGUUACGUGGCUUAUAUUACUAGAGUUCUACUGCUGUUCAUUGGAUUAUUAUAUUCCACCCUAUUCAUAAAAUGUAACAAUCAAAGUAUUAAACGUUUCUACCGUGACAGUUACGAUUAAAGGUUUUUUAAAUUUUCUGUUUAAUGUAACAAAAUAUAGAAAAAUUAAUACAGUUUACAUAAG